UUUUGAUUUCUUACUUUAUAUGGAGAACGCGUCGUAAGCGAAUAGUGAACACAAAGCGCGCGUUCAAUGUUAGUUUUUUAGUCGUGAACGGGCGGCCAAAGCGUGACAAUUGAUUGAAAACGUUGAAAAGUGUUGAAGUGAAGCACAUAAAAAAUCGCAGUAAUAAAAAAAUACGCCAAAGUGCUAUGUAAUAGAAUUUAUCUAAUUUUUUGAAUAUUUCGUAUGCGUGCAAAGACAUUUUUCCAUACAAAUUGUGGCUGGAUUAGCAAGGUGUAAAAAUUGUUUGCUACAGAAGCACGUAAAUAAAAUACAUUUAGUAUUUUAAAUUUUGCGCGAUUGAAAUAAGUUUUAUUUGAAAUAACAACUAUAUAAGUGAUUUUGUUUUUUAAAUACGCGAUGAGUGCAUUAAAUAAACGAAAUUCUAGCCGCUGCCAUUUCGCCGUCACGCAAAUGUUAUUGUUAUUGGCAAUAUGCGCCUACUCCUCCUUAGUCAGUGUGCCAAGGUGUGCGCUGGCGAUUGAAUCGUUGGAGGAAUCAGCAGUGGCAAGCGAUUCGAGGGAGGACUUCGAGGAGGGUUUCGCAGCCGAUACGUUACUGGCGAAAGAUACAAUAUUGAAAAAGAAUCCCGCGAAUAUUGGCAACAAGCUGAAGGAUUUGUGGGAGCAGAUACCCGAGUAUAUGGUCGAUGGUGGGGAAAUAAAGAAGUGAAGCGGCGAAGAGUCAACAAAUGAAAAUUAGCAGCGCCGGCUGAUAUAGCAAAUAGUUUUAGAAUUGUACUGAGGAGAUUUUCGUAAAACAAAAAAACGCAAACAAUGCACUAAUAAAUAAUUGGGUUGCUUCUACGUAUAUCCAUUCGUACGUAUGUAUGAAAACAGCUCAAAUGUGCAUUUUCUCCAGCGCAGCUGUCUCGUGAAAGCUUAAAGAGAUUGCACGCAAUAAUACAAAACCAACAAAAACCAACGAAUAAAAUAAAAUAUGUAUAGGUAUAUGGCACUUUUUACAAUAUUUAUUCACCGAAGGCCCUAGAAGCCAGUGUGCUAAUUAAAUUAGGGUUAUAUUGUGUAUAUCCCUUAAAAUAAAUAUUAAUAAUUUAUUAUUAUUAUUUUUUUAUUUUAGCGUAUUUUUUUAAACCAAUUUUACUCGUAUAAGCAAUAAUAAAAAUAAUAAUAAUGUUAUCAAUUAUAAUAUUAAAUAACAUAAACAUUAUUGUUGUAAGUGCUCGCAUACCAUAUAUCUCCCGAGUGGUGCUUAUUUGCAAAAUAACAACUAAAUUGGAUGUAAAAUUUAUUUUAAUAUAUUAUAUACGAUAAUGAGAUUUUAAUUAAAUAUACUUUAAAACA